AUGCCCGCCUGCACUACAUGCGCACGUUCAACCAACUCUGAGCCUUCCCUCGAUUCAACAUCUAUCACGGGCGUCACAGUCGGAUGCUUCAUUCUUCUUGUCAUCAUCACUGGCCUUGGGGGAUGCUAUCUUCGCAGGCGCAACGCCAACCGGCGAGCCUCAGGCUCUCGUCGCUCUCUCAUUCUGUCCCGCAUUCACCGAGCACAAACCAAUGCUACACGCGACCCCCCAUCCUCGAACAUAGACAGGGACUCUAUGCAACACGUUGGAUUUGAGCACGAGAAGGAGAUGUACGCUGUAUACGAUGACUACGUGCAGCAGCAGGGCGGGCUCUCUCCAACACCGUUCUCGCGCCACAAUAUCACACCGAAUGUCAUAUUCCCAGUUAAAGCUCCCACACGUUCCACGCCGCCCAGCCCGAAAAGCCCGGCGUUCGCGAAAUCAUCAAUAAACCCGUUCACGCCGAAUUCCAUCAUCACUAGUACUGCUAGUGGUAGCACUCCUAGCGACUCUUCCUCCUCCUCUGCCCCCCCUCCAUUCGCUUUCAUCAGAGGUUCUGAUUAUCCUCGUCUGCCGAGCGAUUCACGGUCUACGCUGAGCCCCCCAUAA